ACGAAGUUGAGCCAAAUGCGUGUGAACAGCCCGCAGCCUCAAACUUGCACGCGGGCCGGAAAACAAUGGUGUCCGGAGACGAGCCGCCCCGCUCAGCGACACCCGGAGCCGUGACGCCGGUUUAAAGCGUGUGAAGGAAAAAAAAUAGUUUAACCGAGGCCGAUCAACUCCCCGGGCUCGUUUUUUAGGAGUCGCGCACGUGAUGGCUGAAGAGUCCCGACCCGGUCAGUGACCGCGCGCAGACAGCAGGGAGAGCUGUGCGCAGAUCUCUGUGCAUUUGAGCAUGAGCGCUUCCAAGAGGUGAAGGGAACCUGGGAGCUUCGUUGUUGGGACGAAAGUAAUAUUAACGCAGCUUGUGGCGGAUCAAAACCGAAGAAACCAUGGAGGCCUCACAGGACCUCAACGAACAGAUGGUGAAGAAAUCACACAGUGAAUCUCAUGUUCCAGACCCUUCUGAUACCAGGUCUAUGGAAAUGCAGGACCUAGCCAGUCCUCAUAACCGCGUGGGAGGCGGGGAUUCAACGGGCUCCAAGCUGGACAAGAACAACCUCGGCAGCCCCUCCAUCACCACCAAUGGAACAGGAGGUGAAAACAUGACAGUUCUAAACACGGCUGAUUGGCUGUUGGGCUGCAGCAGCCCGCCCCCCGCCCCGAGCUCCAAGGACUAUGUGAAAACGGAGCCUAUGAACAACAGCGACACGGUCACCACCGCCGGCGACACGGCACUGGACACAUACGCAGGCUCAGUAAUCACCAGCGGCGGUUACAGCCCCCGUUCGGCCCACCAGUAUUCCCCUCCGCUCUACCCAUCAAAGCCCUAUCCUCACAUCCUCUCCACGCCGGCGGCCCCGUCCAUGCCGACGUACGCCGGUCAGCCCCAGUUCAGCAGCAUGCAGCAGCCGGGCGUCUACACCGCUUACUCCCAGACGGGACAGGCAUACGGGCUGUCCUCCUAUGACCUCGGUGUGAUGCUUCCGGGCAUCAAGACGGAGAGCGGCCUGGCUCAGAGUCAGUCCCCUCUGCAGACGGGCCUCAGCUACAGCCCCGGCUUCACGACCCCUCAGCCCGGACAGACGGCGUACUCCCCCUACCAGAUGCCAGGUUCCAGUUUCACCCCCUCCUCGGGCCUUUACGCCACCAACAACUCAGUGUCCAACCCCGCCAACUACACAGCCACACAGCAGGAUUAUCCCUCAUAUACGACGUUUGGCCAAAACCAGUAUGCCCAGUAUUAUUCCGCCUCUACUUACGGGACUUAUAUGACCUCCAACAGCGUGGAUGGCACAGGCAACACGGCAGCCUAUCAGCUGCAAGAUCCCGCCCCCGCCAUGACCGGACACGCUGCUGAACUUCACCCAGGGGAGUUUGAUACAGUGCAGAGCCCCUCCACGCCCAUCAAAGAGCUGGAUGACCGAGCCUGUCGGAGUGGGGGGUCCAAGUCCCGGGGCAGGGGCCGCAAGAACAACCCCUCCCCUCCCCCCGACAGUGACCUGGAGAGGGUGUUUGUGUGGGAUCUGGACGAGACGAUAAUCGUCUUCCACUCUCUGCUCACGGGCUCCUACGCACAGAAGUACGGCAAGGACCCUCCCAUGGCGGUAACGCUGGGUCUGAGGAUGGAGGAGAUGAUCUUCAACUUGGCCGACACACACUUAUUUUUUAAUGACCUGGAGGAGUGUGAUCAGGUACAUAUCGAUGACGUGUCAUCGGACGACAAUGGCCAGGACUUAAGUACUUACAGUUUUGCAACUGAUGGCUUCCAUGCAGCUGCAACCAGCGCCAACCUGUGCCUGGCUACGGGGGUCCGCGGCGGGGUCGACUGGAUGAGGAAACUGGCCUUCCGCUACCGACGAGUCAAAGAGUUGUAUAGCACGUACAAAAACAAUGUGGGGGGCCUGCUGGGUCCCGCUAAAAGAGACGCCUGGCUGCAGCUCCGAGCGGAGGUGGAGGCUCUGACCGACUCGUGGCUCACACACGCCCUCAAGUCCCUGUCCAUCAUCAGCUCCAGGAGUAACUGUGUGAACGUCAUGGUGACCACCACGCAGCUCAUACCCGCGCUGGCUAAGGUUCUCCUGUACAGCCUGGGAUCGGUUUUCCCCGUCGAGAACAUCUACAGCGCAACGAAAAUAGGAAAAGAGAGUUGCUUUGAGCGCAUAAUGCAAAGGUUUGGCAGGAAAGUAGUGUAUGUUGUAAUUGGGGACGGUGUGGAAGAGGAGCAGGCGGCCAAAAAGCACAACAUGCCUUUCUGGAGGAUAUCCAGUCACUCCGACCUGCUGGCACUACACCAAGCACUGGAGUUUGAGUACCUGUAACUACAAUAGCAACGUGGACUUGUGUAUUGUUACCGCAGACAUGGUCAGCCCCCUUUUGUACAACUAUUUAAGAACAAACUAUACACUGCAAAACUGUUGUGAUUUUUUUUUUCUUCCCCUUUUCGUCUCUGGCGAAGCUCCGAACGGUCUUAAGAAGCACAGUUCAUGUGAGAGAACAAGUUGAGAGAUGACUCGAGGCUCGGCCUCCCGAGGUUGCAAAGCCGGGAACACCACCCCCCCCCAAAAAAGCUACCGUCCCUGCAGCUAUAUCUGACUCCACGCCUUUUACGGCUCGAGACGUCCCUUCUGCACAGGAGGACAUUUUUCUGGGCGACGCCUUGAUGUUUGGUUGGUUGUGGUGCACAUGGACUAGCGUCAGAGCCGCAGUGAGACACCUCGGACAAAUUACCGUCAAAGAACAAGGGCUUCUCUGCAGUAUGUGAGCGGGAAUAACCGCUGCUUUUUUUAAAGGGUUUUCUUCCUGGUGACACAUCACAACUCAAUGCCGUGUAAAUCAAACUUGUGUAAAUUAUUUACAAUAAACUUAAGGGGUGUGGUGAAGGAUUUCUCAAUGAAAUUCAAUCUUUGGGGUCUGUUUUUUUUCCUGAAUUUUUGUAAUUGUUUUGGCUGGGGGAAUUAAGGAUGUGCGUCAUGAUGUGUUGUGCCUUAAAUGUGUUUGAAUGUCUUUUCUUUAUUCAGAAAUGUCUGUAUGUAGAUAUAAAGGAGAACUUAUACAAAUGAA